CUUGGAGAGCCAGCAGAGAACAAGUCCGGCACUCUCAGCAGGGACAGCACAGCUCGCCCACAGCUGGCGCCUCGGAGCCUGCACACAUCCAUGUACCUGCUCCCGCACCACCAGUCACAGAAGGGCUCUUCCCUGGCACCCGCACUGCCCUGACACACCACGGGAGCUGCCUUCCUUCCUCUCUUCACCUGGGAAGGAUAAUUCGAGAAACCUGAAAAACUGGAAACAUCAAGAGGCUAAAAUUGAGCAAAGCUAACCACAAGAAAGUUUUUAUAAAGAACCAUUAUAUUUAAUUGUUUAAAGGAAAAAGAAAAAAAAUGAGUCUCCUCAAAGAACGUAAGCCAAAGAAGCCUCAUUACAUCCCACGGCCCCCAGGAAAGCCAUUUAAGUAUAAGUGCUUUCAGUGCCCCUUCACUUGCAAUGAGAAAUCCCAUCUGUUCAACCACAUGAAGUACGGUCUCUGCAAAAAUUCCAUUACUUUAGUAUCAGAGCAAGAUCGUGUUAUCAAGUGUCCAAAGACCAGCUCCUUGGAGCCCAAACAGAUCAAUCAGCUCGAAUCAACAGUCAAGCCAACUUCUUCCAAAUCUGUCACAAACGGACUGUCAAAUCUCGAUUCAAAGGCUCAAUAUCCAUUUGCAAAAGAAGAUGCCAAGGAAAACGUUGAAUUACAAAACCAGGCUACAAACACAGCAAUUCAAGGGCAAAAACCCAUGAUUCAGAAGGAAUUAACCCCUGCCAACACUACAACAGAGAGCAACAUCUGCAUGCAGCCCCUUCUGGACAGCGUCGUAAGGCCCUCGGCGUUCGUUCCGGUCGGAGAACACAGAGAUAGUAAAGGCCCAGAAACCAGCGAAGUAUCUGAAAUUCUCUCUCUUUCUAACAAAAGUUCACCUUUUCACACUAAGUCUGCAUUUCAUGCACCAAGUCACCCAUGGAAAGCAGGUUCUCCUUUCCUCCCAGAGUUUCCACAUAAAGUUGCUCCCACAAAAGGCUUUAGCUCCAUUUCACCUUACAUACAACCAAUGAUUCCGGAGUACUCGCCUCAUUUUUAUGAGCACAGGUUGGCUAUCUACGCACCUUACUUGCUUCCAGGUAACUCAGAGUGUGAAAGUUCUGCUCUCUCAGUCUAUGGCACGCAAGAUCAAAGACACUUUCUUCCCCACCCUGGCUCACUUCCAAAACCUAUAAAUCCAUCAGCGUAUGAACACUAUCGAUUGUUCCAACACUAUCAUUCCACUCCUCCGAUACCAUAUGGAUUUUGCAGGCCAACAGAUCCGCCAUUUUACAGAUUUUCACAAGUAGCUGGUAUCAAUAGAGACCAAAAUUCUCAUUUAAUGGAAGAAACUACCCUGCUGUACCCAGCUUCUUUAAGCCCAUCCCAACAAUAUCCUCUAAGUUCCCACAAGAAACAAGUAGAUUAUGAAAAAGAAAUUACAUUACUGCAUGCUAAAAGUCAUUCCAAAGAUGACCAAAAUGAAAGAGAGAGCGCUAAAAUGAGCCCUCUUGCGGGAAGCGCAGCAACAGGCUCCCCUGGCAGACCUAGCCCAACCAACUUCACACAGACAAGCCACACAGGCUUAUUUGACCUCUCUAACAAGUCCUCUUCCACGCUGCUUGGCAAGUACGAUCAACCAGAAGAAAACUGCACAGCUUUCAGACCUGUGAGAAAGAGCACUGAUCAACCAGCCCUGCUUCAGAGUGUGCAGAUACAGCCAGACCGAGGAGAUUCGCCCAGCAGCAUUAACAUCACUGAUGAAGAUUCCCAUACACAGAGCAUAUGCCAUAACAAUGAAAGCUCACUGUCUAAUGUGGAAGAAGACACAGGGACAGUCCCCCUUAACCUUUCAAAAAAGGCUGACACAAGCACAGGAGCUAUCCAUGAACAUGCCUACAAAACCACAUCCAAAACAGAAAGUCAGGACUUCCUGGAAUUGCAAGACAUGCCCCUGAACCUCUCAGUAAAAGACUCCUGUAACAUCAUACGCCUGAAAAGCUCAAUCCACAGCCCAUCUCAUGAUAACGAUGCUGCUACUUCUCCAAAUACCAAACAGGAAAACUCUGGAGCAGAGGCAUGUAACUCCAAGAACCCUCUCAACAGCGCCCAUGACAACUCUUCUUUCAUAGCUCACCGUAAUGAAGGUCAAGACUUAAGAAUCAUUGACAGCUGUGACGAACAGAAGCAGACAGCAGCAGUAGCGCUCUGUCAGCUCGCUGCGUACAGCCCCAGCAAUGUCCGCACAGACAGUGAUGGGCAGAAUCCUCAGGAGAGCAAUACCCCAUGUACAGAAGCUGCUCUGAAUUCUUCUGAUACUCAGGAUACUCAGUGCAAUCAAAAAGCAAAAGGACAAAAAAGGACAAAUCAAAAAGAAUCAGCAAAAUCACAGCAAGGCACUAAAAGAGUAAGAGCAAAUGACUGUAGCAGAGUCUUGACUUUAAGGAAGAGAACAAGAGUAUCCUAAUACUUCACUUUCCAAAGGGUUUCUGGUCAUAGAAACAAGUUACCAGCAACACCAUAAAAUUCCUACAAACUGUCUCUUCUUAGUUUUGGUCCAUAACAAAACACCUUCAAUCACUCCCUUGUAAAUAAUGUUCAUAAUUUUAUAUUAAUAUUUUUAAGGAACUGAACCUGCCCUUGUAUAAGCUCAGAUUUUGAUGAGUGAAUUUUUGCAUUCAUUACUAAAGCCAAAGUACAGUAGGUGAAUCUUUUAAGGUUUUUUGCAAUUGUACUGAUGUAAAAUAACUUUUACAACUUCUUUUCUUAAAAGAUUUUUAAGCUCUAGAAGUAAAACUGUUCGGUAACAUACUGUCAUAGUCUUUUUCAGGCUUAAUUUCAUUUAAUAGGGUUUUUUGCCUUUCUUCUUUGAGAAAGUUUCAAUACGCUUAAGAUUAAACCUGGCUAUGUAGAAUUUACUGUAAAAUCUGGUUUGUGUCUGAACACUCUUUGCCAUUGUGCACAAUACUAAACAACAGACCCAAUUUUGUUACUCAGAAACAGAUGCUAGUUGAAACAAACUGAUCCAAACCGUGUCUAAGCAAGCUUUUCUUAUGUUGACUAGCAACAAGAGUCAAGUUAAACCAAAGAAAGCCUGCACCUCUUUAACAAAUGCAGUUUAUGUUCACCUCUAACUGAACCGCUAUGAAAACAGUACUGAAAAUCGGAAGAUCAACAGCUGAGGUGCCUGAUCCUCCGAGGCUGGACAGAUACUCGGCAACAUUCAAACUCCAAGCUUAACAGGUUAUUUAUAUAAUUUAUUUCACCUGAGGCAAAUUCUACUGGUGAAGGUCUUACUUCAGCAUACGUUUAUCACUAAUUAUCAGCUUUAGUGUGCUUCCACAUACACCCUAAAACUCUUUUCUGCUUCUAUAACUGUGUAUAUAAUUUUGCAAUUUUUCAAAUAAAUCUGUGACCUGUACUUCAAACAUAUGGGAAGUCAUUAAUGGACACAAAUACAGUUCACUGCACAGUCUAUAACACAUAUUUUGAGGAAAAAUUAGCAAAGAAAUUGCUAGCUAAAUCUGCAAUUUACAAGUUGAAUUUGGCAUUAAGCAUCAAUCUACUCUAAGAAAGGAGCUUCCUUCAGUGAAGGAACCUCACCAUGCAGAUGAAUUCAUCUGUAUUUCAGCUCCAUAUGACAAGCCUCAGAAUUCUCUCUGCCUGAAAGCUGCUGUCCACUUUAUCCAAACUUCUACAAAAACUUUAACUUGAGGCUCUCUUCCACUGCAGAACACCUCGUGUAAAUGUGCUGGUAUGCACUGUCAUUCCCAGUAGAACAAACGCAGACCAAGAUCAUUAAAAAAAAACCCAACAGACAAUUAAAAAUUAUGGGUACAUGUUUCUCAUUGAUUCUUCAUUGAUCCUCAGAUCACAGAGAUCCUCACCUGCCUCACCAUCACUGGUAGGUACAGAGCCACAUCAGGAAACAGAGCU